CUGCAAAACCCGCCUGUGCCUGAUGUGCGCGUCUGCGCUCUUUUCGUCCAUCAGAGGGAGUCAAGUUUCUUUUGCUAAAUGCGCAGCCUCCCUCCCGUUCCUCAACAGACGCGACGAGCCGCCGCCGCCGCCGAGGCGACGAGAGAACUCUUUUUGUUGUUGUUCACUUUCCUUCUGACUGGCUUACCGUGGAACAAUCUCCCGUUGGCUUGCGGAUCGCGGGCCACUGUUUCCGCCUUUAGAAAAGACGCUCGUCGGGAUCUUCACUCCCAAACUGGAUUAAUCCCGAGACGUUAAACGCAGCCUUUUUUUCACCGUGCACGCGCGCGCGUGUGUGUGUUGUAUUAUUAUUAUUUGUAUUUUUUUUUUCCUCCGGGGCUGACGAGCCCUUUAUCCCCGGGCUGUCAUGUUGUGGAAAUUAGCAGACAACGUCAAGUAUGAGGAUGACUGCGAGGAGCGACACGACGGCAGCAGCAAUGGCAACCCGCGGCUACCCCACCUGCCGGCGGUCAGCCAGCACCUGUACAGCCCGCCUCCCUCCCUCUCGCACUCGGCCAGCUCCGACUUCCAGCCGCCUUACUUCCCGCCCCCCUACCAGCCCAUCUCCUACCCGCAGUCCGGGGAUCCUUACUCCCACCUGGGCGACCCCUUCAACAUCAACUCCCUGCACCAGUCGCCGUCGUCCAACCACCACCAGCAGCAGUCGUGGCCGGGGCGCCAGGGCCAGGAGGGGCUGGCGGGGCACGGCAGGAGCGGCCUGGCCGGCCAGAUCCUCGGCUUGGACGGCGGAGGAGGAGGAGGCGGAGGCGGCGGAGGAGGAGGAGGGGGAUCGUCCGGAGUGCGGAGGGAAGGCUUCCGCCGGCCGGAGCUGCUGCCCCAGCACGCCCACGGCAUCGAGGCGGCGGUGAUCGGGGAGAGCAUGGCCAUGCACGACAUGCAGGGCCACGGCAUGGACGACGUGCAGCACGUGGACGACCACGGUAUUAUCAUGGCGGAUCAGACGGUCAUCAAAAAAGUAUUAGGACUGCGAGGGGCCAGGAGCCUUGAUCGCGUACAGAGGACUUGUUAUCAGGGGGGCAUCCUUGCCGGGCCGGUGACUCUCCCGAAAGGCAAUGCUCUGGGCCUCCCCUUCCAGAAGGAGUCCCUGCUGGGCAUGGUGUCCAACCCCACGGAGGUGUUCUGUUCCGUCCCGGGUCGCCUCUCGCUGUUGAGCUCCACCUCCAAGUACAAGGUGACGGUGGCCGAGGUCCAGAGGCGACUCUCGCCGCCCGAGUGCCUGAACGCGUCGCUGUUGGGAGGUGUUUUACGCAGAGCCAAGUCGAAAAACGGCGGACGCUCAUUGCGAGAGAAACUGGACAAAAUUGGGCUCAACUUGCCAGCGGGAAGAAGGAAGGCGGCCAACGUGACUCUACUUACCUCACUGGUGGAAGGUGAAGCUGUUCAUUUAGCCCGUGACUUCGGUUACGUGUGCGAGACAGAGUUCCCCGCCAAGGCCAUCGCUGAGUACCUGGGCAGGCCGCAUGUGGAACGAAACGAGGUUAACUCUCGCAAGAACAUGCUUCUCGCCGCCAAGCAAAUCUGCAAGGAGUUCACCGACCUGCUCACCCAAGACCGCUCCCCGCUGGGCAACUCGCGUCCGGCGCCUAUCCUGGAACCGGGCAUUCAGGGCUGCCUGACCCACUUCAGCCUCAUCAGCCACGGCUUCGGCUCGCCGGCCAUCUGCGCCGCCAUGACCUCGCUGCAGAACUACCUGAACGAGGCCCUCAAACAAGUGGACAAGAUGUACCUGAGCGCCGACGCGCAGGGAGCCUCCGACGGCGGCGGCAAAUCCGCAGACAAAAUGGACAAGCACAGGAAAUGAGACCGCAACCCCUUACCCGGCCCCCUUUUCCCCAUGAACUCCGAGAACACCGGCUGCCCCUUUACAAUAUUGUGCUUUCCUGCAUGGCUGUGGUCAAAAUCGCUCCCAAAUCACAAUUUAAUGCACGAGAUAGUGAGAUGGCCAUUUUCUGUCACUCUCUGAACGUGAGCGGAAGUUAUCCAUCGAGGUGGCCAAAUUCUUCCGAGAGCCACUUAGAGAGAAAUGGAGGGAUGCAAGGGGCAAAAUGUGCCCUAUCGCAUUCAUUUUCCAAAUGGAUCCCAUUGAAUCAAUUUUAAUUGGUGAACAAAAAAAAAAAAAAGCCUGAAAAGAAAUCUCUUAACUCUCUGGGGCACUUGGUCUGUCAUUCCCGCGGGUGCCUGGAGGCGUUCUGUCGCCUCAAGAUCGAAAGUCAGGAUGUUUUGUGGUGUAACUUUGUUGCAGUAGGAAACACAAUGCUAAUUUAAGUGCAGAUGAAAGCCGCAGAUGACAUUGCUCACUCGGUUCAUCGUUUAAAAAAAAAACACCAAAAGAUCAUUC